AUGAACUUUGUCGCCGGCUGCUGGGACGCUGCGGCCAAACGCGUUGAGGUCAUGAAGACGACGCGGAAAUGCCGAGCGCUGCUGUCGGUGGCCUUGAACCUGGUGGCCCUGUUCUUCUCCACCACCGCCUUCAUCACCACGUACUGGUGCGAGGGCACCCAGCGCGUCCCAAAGCCCAACUGCAGCAAGCAGCGGCGCCACAACUGCAUCGACUACGGUGUGAACGAGACGGACCAGAACAAGGUGCACUACAGCUGGGAGACCGGGGACGACCGCUUCCUCUUCCGCCGCUUCCACACCGGCAUCUGGUACUCGUGCGAGGAGAACAUCCACGAGGCAGGUGAGAAGUGUCGGAGCUUCAUUGAUCUGGCCCCUGCGUCGGAGAGAGGUGUGUUGUGGUUGUCGGUGGUAUCAGAGGUGCUCUACAUCCUGCUCCUGGUGGUCGGCUUCAGUCUGAUGUGCAUGGAGCUGUUCCACUCCAGCAACGUCAUCGACGGACUCAAGCUCAAUGCCUUCGCAGCCGUCUUCACCGUGCUGUCCGGUCUUCUGGGUAUGGUGGCCCAUAUGAUGUACACUCAGGUGUUCCAGAUCACAGUCAGUCUGGGUCCUGAAGACUGGAGGCCUCACAGCUGGGACUAUGGCUGGUCCUUCUGCAUGGCCUGGGGUUCCUUUACCUGCUGCAUGGCUGCCUCCGUCACUACCCUCAACUCCUACACCAAGACGGUGAUUGAGUUCAGACACAAGAGGAAGCUGUUCGAGCAGGGCCUGCGCGAGGAGCAGAACUACCUGGACCAGGAGGCUUUCCACUACUUUCGGGACCGCUCCCUCCAGUCCAUCUCCAGCACUGUGGAUGUCUACCCUGGACACAGUGGAGCCAGAGGAGGGAUCCUCGUUGGUGGUCCAGGUCCAGGUCCGGUACCAGGUCCAGGUCCAGGUCCAGGUCCGGGACCAGGUCCCGGUCCUGGCACAGGACGGGGCAAAAUGAGAGCUGCAUCGACCUCCAUUGACCUGGGGGAGAACACAGACUCUCUGGGGGAGGAGCAGUGCUGA